ACUCUCAAACUGACAGAACCGACUGGUCUGUUGACUAGCAUUUGUUGUAAUCGCACCUUAAGUAGGCUGCUCCCCUGACUGCCCCCCGCCCCAAUCAAAAUUUAUAUGACCAACAUAACCUAACUUUUUUUGUUUUAGGAAGCAGAUUUUUCACAAACAGAGUGAGUUAGUUCAGUUUACUUUCGUAAUUGAAUUUCAGAGAACAACAAAAAUUCAGAAUGACGGAACACGAAAAAAUUGAUGAAUUUAUUGAACAAAUUGAGCAAAAAUAUGUGUCAGGUGGUACUGUACCUACGAACGAAGUACAACAACAGUUGCAUAUUCUAUCACAAGAAUUUGAAACACUAGGACUCCCAUCAAUAGAUUUACAAACUUCUGGUUCAAGAUUGUUGCGUUCGAUAGUAAACAACAGUUUUUUAUUAGUUCAGUCAUAUAGGAAAACUUUAUUACAAGUUACAGAAGAGAAUAUAACACAUAGAUUAAAAGAUGUGAAACAGGAAGAUUUACAGAAAAGUGUUUUGAACUUAAAAGCACAACUUAAAUCAAAGGAAAAUCAGAACACCAAUUUAGAACGAAAACUAUUUAAGUUAAAUAGUGAAAACGAAGAAUUGCGUAAAAAAAUGUUAAUGCAUAAUACCGAAACCCAAAAAUUAAAACAUUUUUUCAAUUCUAAGGAAAACCAAUUCGUUCAUCAUAUUAAUAAACUGAAGAAUGAAAAUCAUCAUUUAAAAGAAAUGUGUGUAAAAGAUUUAGAUAAAUACUUUAGCAAGGAAGAGAAAUUUUUGAAAAUUUUAAGGACUUACAGACAAAAAGAAGAAAUGUAUUGUGAAGCGUUAAAGAAACUUGAAGAAAAUAAUGCAGAGAUCAUGAAUGAAAUUUUAAAUUUGAAAAACGAAUUGGCUUUAGUGUACUUAAAAGAAAAUUAGGCCGAAAAGCUAUGUUCACAGAAAUUAUGUCAUAUCUUAGGUAAGUAGGUUUACUUGUAUGGAAGCCCAAAGUCAAGAAGAUCAAUAUGAUGAUUCUAAAUGAAACAAAAUGUUUGCUAAAACCUAUUUAUUUUAAGUCGAAUCAAA